AUGUUGCGGUCACUCCUCUCGCUCGGCAGCCGCAGCGACUAUAUCUUCCCCACGGUAGAUCCAAAACAGGAUGGACCGAACUGCAAACUAGAUUGUGCCGAUUGUACGGUGCACUUCCCGUCAAAGGUGAAGGUCGAGAACUCCCGAGUCCUCUACGGACACAUCAAAGAGUUUCACACGCACGUCUUGGUCGCCACUGGCAAAUCAGACUGGACGGAGAGGGUCGAGAAUGAAAAGGGAAGCUUAAUGGAAGCUUUCGACAGCAGUUCCAACAAAUCCAAGCAUGGGCGGAUUAUGGUCUCGGCAUCGAAUCUCAGGAACCCGAACCAUGAGGCAGAUGACAAUUAUCGGACUACGCAAGGGACGACCGUGCUGCUUCUACCUUCAUUCACCUUCGUCGAUUCGGUAACUACUGGCGACGUUAGAGAGGUGGUUGACUGCUUCAUUGAUGCCCCCAAAGGACAACCACUUGAUUCCCGAUUGCCUUCUCGACCAUGCCAAUACGAUUAUGUGGUCCUUCUCUGCUCUCAUAGACGGCGAGAUGCGCGAUGUGGAAUUACUGCCCCGCUAAUUAAGAAGGAAUUGGAGCGACAUCUGCGACCCCACGGGUUGUAUCGUGAUGCGUCUGAUGAGCGACCGGGUGGUGUGGGAAUCUUCUUUGUCUCCCACGUGGGCGGCCACAAAUUUUCAGCCAAUGUUCUGAUCUACCGAAAACAGGCAGAGCAAAUGAUUUGGCUAGCAAGAGUCAAGCCAGAACAUUGUGAAGGGGUUGUCAACUAUACAAUCUUGCAGGGGAAGGUUGUUCACCCCGAGUCUCAGUUAAGAGGGGGGUUUGACAGGCAGCGGGGAUUGACGAGUUGGUAG